AUCUGCAAGGCACUAGUAGGUUGAGUCUCAGGAGUCUGCCAACUUCCAUUUUAAUGCAGAGAGUUGAACUUGGGGUCCUCCAAUGGCCCAAUGCUGGCCGACAUUAAUACGUUUGAAGGAGGCGAUUCACGAAGGGAGGCGUCAAACAAUGUCCAUGUCGCAGACUAGGUACCUCGUACUCAACUCGUACUACAGUACUUGAGUGUGUGCCUGAUUUAGAUGUUUACACUAGUUGGUCCGCGUCACGGUUCAACGCGUGAAGUUGAACGUUGGCUUCAACGUUCAAACGUUCAACGUUUCAUCCUCCACCGCAGGGACUUUCCCACCGGUUCCCACCUCACUGUCACUCAUUCAUCCACACAUUCCUUUCAGACUGGUUGUAAUGGGUCCACACUCAUUUACGUUUCUCUGUACGCUGGUCGUAAUACUGUUGUUCUCCACCGUUGAAGGUGCUGAACGCGCUUGGAAUGGUCAUACAACGCCUGGUUCAAUCAAACCUACCGCUUUUACCCCGUACUACGUUCCUGCCGGAGCACGAAGCUAUGAUUCAUCUUCACCCCUCUUGCACUAUUCUAGUCACUGGAAGGAAUCCUUCUCGUCGCAAUAUGUUCAAAAAUCCAUCAAGUCGACCUCUCGCUCUGGUGCCUCUAUGUCCUUCACCUUUGUUGGAAGCGGAAUCGAAUGGUUCGGAAAUACCGACAGACGACAUGGGAUCUCUAAAGUCUUCAUCGACGGACAGAUGGUUCAGCGUGUUGACCAGUGGAGUUCCUCCGCUCGGAGACAGCAAAGACUGUUCUGGGUAUUUGACCUACCUCUGGCCAAACACACAAUCAAAAUUGUCAAUACCGGCCAACAUCGCUCUGGCUCCAAAGGCUCUGUUAUCGACGUCGAUGCUUUUGUAGUGAUGAAGGAAUCCAAAACCACCCAGAGUCUACAACCGCAGGAACUCCCUUCUCAACAAGCGGCAAAGCCAGCUGGCGCUCCUUUCAUGCAAAACCUUGUUGUCAAUCCGACCCCGCAAUCCCAUUGGACCAUGUUGCAGGAAGGAACAACCGGCGUGCAUGCUAUGCAACUUUCUGUGAUAUCUGAGACACAUGCUAUUAUUGUCGACAAAGUGGAACACAACCUCCUCACCAUCUCUGGGCAUCCUGCUUGGGCUGCUUUGUAUAACUUGAAGACUCAUGCCCUCAAGCCUCUGAACAUGCAGUCCAACUCCUUCUGUGCCGGUGGUACUUUCCUUGGUAAUGGUACACUUAUCAACGUCGGAGGGAACCCAGUUGUGGACGAUAUCACAAAUGCUGCUGAUUUUGGUGACGUCGAUGGGCUUCAAGCUAUCAGAAUAUUCGAACCUUGUGACUCGGAGGAUGUCGACAAUUGUGAUAUGUACGAAAACCAUUCACGCAUUCGCAUGGCUAGCCCCCGAUGGUACAAUACGGUCCUUCGUAUCUCCGAUGGCUCUGCUAUGAUCAUCGGAGGUUCGAAAAAAGGCGGCUGGAUCAAUAAUCAGACCACGAACAACCCUACUAUCGAAUACUUCCCCCCGAAAUUCGGGGGUCUUCCCAUUCAAUUGGACUUCCUUCUCUAUACCAUGAACUCGAAUCUCUUCCCAAUCGCGAUAUCCUUACCCGAUGAACGAGUAUUCAUGGCCGCCAACCGAGACGCCAUGAUAUACAACUGGAAGACGAACACGGAAGUAAAGUUGCCUCAGAUCCCCAACGGCGUCCGAGUUACCUAUCCUAUGACCGGCACCGGAAUCCUCCUGCCUUUGACUCCGGAGAACGGUUACACUCCCGAAGUCUUGAUCUGUGGCGGAUCUGCUGUGGAUGAUACCAAAGCCGACUACGAGAUUUCCUCGCAAGACCCCGCCUCGGCUCAAUGCUCCCGAAUAAUCCUCAGUGAUAAUGGUAUUGCUGCAGGAUGGCAAGUCGAGCAAAUGCCUGAAGCUCGCAUCAUGCCAGACGCGGUUCUCUUGCCUACAGGUCAAGUCCUUAUAGCCAAUGGAGCGAAAACUGGUAUCUCUGGGUAUGGAAACGUCGCAGACCAAGUUGGUGCCUCGAACGCCGACAACCCUGUUUUCACUCCUGUUCUCUAUGAUCCCAGGGCUCCCGUUGGUCAGAGGUUCUCCUCAGUUGGGAUGCCGACAAGUGAUAUUCCACGAUUGUAUCACUCGGUGGCUACGUUGACGCCUGAAGGAAAUAUCAUGGUCGCUGGGAGUAAUCCUAACUUGGAUCGUAGUGAGACGAAGUAUGGAACCGAGUAUCGUGUCGAAUGGAUUAAUCCGCCAUAUAUGAAUAUGGCACGGCCUGCGCUGGUCGAAGGAAGUGCGAGGCCGAAGAAGAUUGACUUCUUCCAGGACUUCCAACUCCAAGUCGAUCUACCUCAAAACGCGCAAGAUAUCAGAGUCGUCCUCAUGGAUCUCGGAUACGUGACACACGCUGUACACUCGAACUCCCGCUUGGUUCACCUGCCCUCAUCGCUGGAUGGGAAUACCCUCACUGUGACCGGUCCUCCAAAUGCAGGUAUUUAUCCGCCCGGGCCAGGGUUUAUCUACAUUGUCGUAGGUGGCGUCCCUAGUGUAGGUAUGAAGGUUAUGAUUGGAGAUGGCCAAGGUCCAAAGGUCGACAAAGAUGCAUUAGACAACAUGUUGACGAAGACUAAAGUUGACCAGAAUGAAAGUGAUUCCUAGGACUGCUGUAUUGUUGUUGGUAGAAUCUGACCUGUAUCAGACAAAAGCUGACUUUCUUCUUUUCCUCUCGAUGUAUUGCAUGAUUCCUAGGUGUUUUUGUUUUGUUUUGUUCCCUUUCAAUCAUCAUUCUGCGGACAUUCUGUAUACAUAGUAUCAUAGACUAGACUAAUCCCGAAUCAAUCGGGUACAACAUGGACAAGAUAAGAGACGAGGGACAUUAUAAAUUACUGUAGCCGGUAGAUGCAUGGGAUAUCGUGGUAUGCGUGAG